ACUCCGCAACUUUUCUGUAGCCAGAAGUUAAGAAAAUCAAUUCUCGCGCAACAACCGAAUUUAAUUCGAAAGUGAGCAGUACAUUUUAAAGUACUGUUUCUCCUGCCAUUAGAGCAGUGAUCAAUAAAAAUGAUCUGCCAACGCUGUCGAACCUCUCUCCUUUCUCGUGUCCCUGUUCAACAACAUAGCGUUCGUACACCUUCAUCAUGCGUUUCCAUCGCCUUCAAUACCCAGUCUCGGUUCGCGAGUACCGAUACUCCCAAAAUCCCCGCUAUGCCCCCUCCACCAGCUCCUAGACAACCCGGCGCUGGAUCGGUCAGUAUCCCAUCCGCCAUAUCAUCUGCGACACCAGGCGUCUCUCAACCGUUGAGUACGCCUACAGACGGUAUCCCGAAGCCUCCCAAGUGGGUCAACCCCGGAAAAGGAGCAACUUCGGAUGAUGCAGCAGCAGCUACAGGUCCUACUCAUGAACCUAGUAGUUGCGUGGCUGGUACGCCCUUGAAGGGUCUUAAUUAUAUGAAGGGGAAACCGGAUAUUGUUGCAUUGGAGGAUCACGAGUAUCCGGAUUGGUUGUGGACUUUGCUUGAUGAUAAGGCUAAGAAGAGCAAUGAAACCGGUGGUGUUGAUGUUGCCUCCCUGAACAAAAAACAACGAAAGCGCUACGAGAAGAAAAUGGCUGCAUUGGCAGCUACUCAACCCCGCAAGAUCCCUUUGCACGAACAAGCUACGGAUAUUAUCCCUGCCGAUUACAAUGCCGAGCGAGACGGACCACGAGACAUCAUCGCUGAAGCAGCGGUUAGUAUUGAGAAGACGGAGCAGAUUACCAAGAGUGCACGGGAGGCAAGAAGGAAAGGAAUUCGCGAGUCUAAUUUUUUGCGCGGUUUGUAAGAUUAUUUCGACAUCAUGUGCUGGUUGGUUGGCAUUAUAUAUCGACCGGUUGUAUAUUAUUACAUUAUAAAUUAUUGGGCUUUGGUCAGAAGUUGUCGCUUUUUUUUUUACAAAUAUAUGAAUUCGAAGGAUCGAUUGACUAUAUCUUCGGAAUCGACCACUCCUUAGUCUCACCCUGCUUAUUCAAAAACUCCUGCGACGCUUCCCAAUGUUUUCUUAACGAGCCGUUCCCAGCGUCGAUAACUAUCUCAAAAAAUUCAGGUGCCGAUCUCUCGAUCCACGCCAAAUGGACCGCGAGCAUUACAUCUGCGAAUCCCGGCUUCUCCCCUUCCAAGAAGACGCCUUUAUUCUCUCCUCCCGCGGCCAACACCUCAUCAAAUACCGCGAGUUCCUUCUUCGUCUCUGCCACAAUCUGAUCUACUUUUUCUUUAGUCUUGGGUUUCAGAUCCGCUAGGUGUUGGAUAUGCGGAAACUCUUUCUGGAACCCGGGGACUCGGGUCCUAUCAAAAUACUCCGAGCCUCUCUCGUCCAGGAUUUCUGCUAUACCGGGCCAUAGGAUAGUUGCGCUUUUCCUUAUAGCCGGAGUGAGAAGAUUAUCCACUGCAAGCGCCAAUGCAACACUGGUUUGGCCGUGGGGGAAGACAGAAGGGUACGCUGGUGCUGGGAAUGCUUUGUCUAGGUGUAAUGCGAUUGGUAAGGAGUCAUGCAUAGCUCCAUGUGGGUUGAAUUUAAUGGAGGCCUUGUGUAUGAUAGCAGGCAGCGUGUAGAGGAUUGGAGUUCCCUCUUCAGGGGUUGGGGGGAUCUCGAGGCCCUUGCUUAGAGGGGCAAUGUCCGGAUAGGAGAUAAAGGAUUGAGUGUAGGGGAUUCCUUUGAUGUUGAGCACAGCGCGAGUUUUGAGGGUAUUCGGGGACCAUGAUUUGCGGGGA